AUGGCCGCCGUUGACUUCGGAAGUAACUUUUUCCUCACCCGCAAAUUCUAUCCUCACUUUAAACACAACUACCAUCCCAAAUGUCACGUUUUUGUGCUAGAAAUAUUCGUUUGAAGACGUAAUUGCAUAUAUAUGCGGUUGUAGCGGGAUAAUACCCAAGAAAUGUAUGUAUUGCGGGUUUGGACUAGGGGCCUUUCAUCUCGUUCGAAUUCAAGAUGGUUGAAUGUUACCGACAUGUCAUGUCUUCCCGACGACCAGGAAUCGCGUUCGCCAUGGCCAGGAGCUACUCCAGCCUGCUGAAGGACAGAGCGUAUGUAGGAGGGCAGUGGGUGUCUGCAACAAGCGGGGAAACCUUCCAAGUUACCAACCCAUCCAGUGGAGAGGUCCUGGGUUCUGUUCCUGACAUGAACGCAGGCGACGCCACUAAUGCUAUCAGGACAGCGUACGACGCGUUUCAGACAUGGAGGGAGACAACAGCUAAGGAGCGCAGCCUUCUGUUGAGGCGCUGGUUUGAGCUGAUUGUGGAGAAGAAAGACAGUCUGGCUGAGCUGCUCACAGUGGAAAAUGGCAAACCAGUGACAGAGUCCCUGGGGGAGGUUAACUACGCUGCAACGUUUCUUGAGUGGUUUGCAGAGGAAGCUCGACGUACCUACGGGGACACGAUCCCGGCGCCGGCCAAGAGUAAGCGAAUCGUGGUGGUUCAUCAGCCAGUGGGGGUGGCCUCCAUGAUCACACCGUGGAACUUCCCGUACGCGAUGGUUACGAGGAAGGCCGGCGCGGCGCUAGCGGCCGGUUGUACCGUCGUGCUCAAACCCUCGGAGGAAACUCCGCUGACAACGCUCGCGAUGGUGGACCUGGCGCAUCAGGCCGGUAUUCCCGCCGGGGUGUUUAACAUCGUGACCUGUUCGCGGAAGAAUGUGGACGCGGUCGGGAAAACGCUCUGCACAGACCCGCUGGUCGCGAAGAUAUCGUUCACAGGGUCUACCGCUGUUGGGAAGCUACUGUUGAAGUGGGGAGCGGAGACAGUUAAGAAAGCGUCCAUGGAGCUGGGAGGCCACGCCCCGUUUGUGGUGUUUGACAGCGCUAAUGUAGAUGCAGCGGUGCAGGGGGCCAUGGUGUCCAAGUUCAGGUACAUGGGACAGACCUGUGUAUGUGCCAACAAGUUCCUAGUACAGGAGGGAAUCCAUGAUGCUUUCUGUGCCAAACUGGAGGCGGCCAUGUCAGCACAGCUGAAGGUGGGAGAUGGGCUGGACAAGGGGAACACUCAGGGUCCUCUUAUUAACACCAAAGCUGUGGAGAAGAUUGAGGCCCAAAUCUCUGACGCGGUGUCAAAGGGCGCCGCCGUGGUUACGGGAGGGAAGCGCCACGCCCUGGGAGGAACGUUCUUCGAGCCGACCCUGCUGAAGGGAGUCACCACCGACAUGCUGUGUACUCAACAGGAGACAUUCGGGCCUGUUGCGCCGGUUAUCAAGUUCAAGACCGAAGAAGAGGCUGUGGCAAUCGCAAAUUCCGCCAGCGUUGGUCUGGCCGGUUACUUCUACUCCAACGACAUUGGCCAAAUCUGGCGCGUGGCUGAGCGUAUGGAGGUCGGGAUGGUCGGCGUGAACGAGGGUCUCGUGUCCAUGGUCGAGGCUCCGUUCGGAGGUGUGAAGGAGUCUGGGAUAGGUGUGGAGGGCUCCAAAUAUGGCAUCCACGAGUACUUGAAUGUCAAGUACAUCUGCUUUGGCGGGAUCUAAAAAAAAACGUUUGGUUUCUGUUGUCUAAUGUUGCAGACUUAGGGCAACCAUGAGUAAUUGAAAGUACAUUAUUUUGUUUUGACGGAAUCUAAUUUUAAAAUGUUAUGAUUUAAGAAGAUUUUUGAAGAUUUUACCACAUUUUUUUAAGUGAGGAAAGUCAUGUAAAGUGCCUAUCCCAAAGGCACAGGGUUGGUGACUUAGCAGGGUUCGAACCCGGGACCUUUUGGUUCUGAGCCGAAUGCUCUGCCGUUGCGCCACACGACCCACUGUCACAAACUUUUUGGAAGGGUUGACAUAACAG